AUGGAACUUGGUUUAACCUUAGGAGACUCUUCAAAGCCUCUAAUUGGCUUAAUGGAAAGCCACCCUCAUCAAGCUUCUAAAGAACUUGGCUUAGGCUUCAACACCACUUUAUCAAUUGGUCCAAACAUCACUACUCAAAGAGAUCAACUUCAACAAGAAGAACAAAACACUAGAACUGAAAAUUUGCAUCAACUUGAUCUUCUUCCUCAACUCUCCUUCCCAUGGAAUCCUCUUUCCCAAAAUGAGUUUGGAGUUUCGUCAAGGGACUUGGUGGUGAACGUAGUUCAACCGAUAACCACCGUGCCUAUGGCGGAAGAUGAGACUGUUCUUUCAUCGUCACCUAACAGCGCAGCAUCGUCUUUUCAGAUGGAUCUCUGUAUAUACAGUAGAGGUGGAAGUGGUUGUGGUGGUGGUGGUGGCGGUGGUGGGAGUUUGAGUGGCUCAGGCGAUGGUGAAGGUUAUGAUCAAAGAAAUUCUUCAAGAGUUAGUGAUGAAGAUGAUAACAGUGGCGUUGGAAACACUAGGAAGAAACUUAGGCUCUCAAAAGAUCAAUCUGCUUUUCUUGAAGAAAGCUUCAAAGAACACCACACUCUUAAUCCUAAACAAAAACUUGCUCUUGCAAAACAACUGAAUCUUCGACCUCGUCAAGUAGAAGUCUGGUUCCAAAACAGAAGAGCAAGGACAAAGUUGAAGCAAACAGAAGUAGAUUGUGAAUAUUUAAAGAGAUGUUGUGAGACACUAACAGAAGAGAAUAGAAGACUACACAAGGAGCUUCAAGAAUUAAGAGCUUUAAAAACUUCAAAUCCAUUCAACAUGCAAUUACCAGCAACAACUUUAACUAUGUGUCCUUCUUGUGAACGUGUUGCGACGAAUUCUACAGCAACUUCUUCCGUCACUAAUAAUACAAGUGCUACUAUCAAUGCUAACAACAAAACUAGUGAUGAUUCGACUUCAAAGGUUAAUGUUGGAUUUCCUUUUGGAAAAUCAAAGUUUCAGCCAACAACAAAAUCUUGA